AUGACCCGUAGUCAAAACAUUCGUGUGUACCGUGCAUGCCAGCGGUGUCGCCAGCGGAAGCUCAAGUGUGAUCAAUUUCGACGGUCGCGACAGAAGCAGUACCAUACGCCAUCUGUUAGUGGAGCUGAAACGGAGCACGAACCGACCAAGCGACAAACCAGAGACCCAAUGGAAGGAGAUGAAGAUCCUAUCUAUGCAGAAUUGGAUAAUCCUGGCGAUGCACUUCAGAUUCUUGCCCGACUUGCUGCGAGUGACACCCGCUUUCCUAAUAACGGAAUCGAUUCCACGGCUCAGGAUUCCUUCACAGGUGUCUGCUCCUCGGAAGGAGCACGGAUAGUGACCUCAUACGCAGGGAGUAGUCCAGCGAAUCCCAUACAGCCUCCGAUGUUGCAGUCGAUACUCUCCGAAACGGAGACAUUGGUGAUCGGCGUUUUAGGUACAGAUACCGUCAAUGGUCUGGUCCAACAGUAUGAAACCUUUAUUCCGCGCGAGUAUAUUUCAUCUGACCUGAUUAGUUACGCGUUAAACUACCACACUUUCUGCCCCCUCGCACCCAAAAUGGUCCUAGCAACAACAGAUCCUCGCAAAACAGCAGUAGAAGAGCCUUUCCUCCUCACAGUCAUUCUGACCAUCGCGUCUAAAGACGAUAUCGCGUACAGAGAGGUCCACCAACAUUGCUGGAACUAUUUAAAGCGACAUUUACUAGAUGUACUCCUCGCUACACCAUCGACUCUAAGAGUCGGUACGGUUGAAGGCCUCCUGCUUCUUGCGGAAUGGGUUCCUUACAUGCAGCUGGAAACAUGUUCCUAUCCCAACAUGUUUCCCAUGAACUUGAGUGCCGUUGAGGAUAACAUGGCCUGGUCACUUAUCGGACAGGCAGUGAGACAUUCCUAUCUGCUCCGUCUGGACAAGGCGUCUUUCCGGGAGACGGCGAUUGGGGAUGCUGAGGAACUAGAGAAUCGAAAGCUCCUAGCAUGGAUAUUUGUUUAUAUAUCUGACCGACAGAUCUCCGUCCGAAUGGGACAGUCUUUCUGGUCGCGCGGGCCAUCGCUCUCCACAAACUUCACAGCGAACGACUUCCCAACUCUACGACUCAGAGCGGACGCAGAGCAUAAAUAUGCACACGUAUUACAAGCUACUAUCGAGCUCACUCAAAUCCUUCACAACGUGCACGACACAUUAUACGCAUCCAAAGAACGAAGAGCCCAGAUGGUCCGACGAGGAGACUAUAAUCGCUACCUAGACGAUUUCCGACAUUCCAUCUCUGCAUGGGAAGGAGCUUGGGGUAGUCUUGAGGCAUCUCCAAAGCUGAACUGCACAAUGCACAUCUUCAAGGAAUAUGUCCGUUUAUAUGCUAGUGCUUUCUCUUUCCAGGCGUUUCUUUCAAAGGCUGUGCAGGGAGAACAAGUUUCGACUGCACCUGGGAGGAAUGGUGUCAUCUCGCUAUUUCCACGGGGUAUCUUGUCGACUGCAGAGGGCUCAUAUAUUCUCGAGUCAAUAGAUGCCGCUCGGAAGAUUCUGAUAAUAGCUGUCCAGACGAGCUCUGAAGCACAGAUUCGCUAUAUGCCGUUCCGCUUUUACGUAUAUACCGUUUACUCCGCCGUAUUCCUGUACAAAGCAGACGUCUUUGGUGCCCUCGUGAGUACGGAGUAUGCCGAAAUCGCCUACUUAGUACAGCAAUUUAUCCGGACACUCGAGGAAGCUGCUAUCAGUGAUUGCCAUAUUGCCAGUCGUUUUGCCAGUCUGCUAAAGCGUAUGUGGAUCUCCGGCAGGCAGCGCUCUUCUUUGGGGGGAACUAUACCUUCUGAUGCUCUAAACAACAUCAAUCGGAUCCGGCAGCCAGCAUCGGAGCCUCACCAGAAUAUCGACGCGGUCGAUGAACAAAGCUGUCGUUAUACUGCUUUUGACACCCAGCUUCCUGAGCCCUUUUUCAUUCCCACGCCAGACUUUAAUUUGUUCUGUCCGGAAUUGUCGACUUUGGAAUCCGAAUUGGUGGAACUGGGUGUGGGCUCUCUGAGUUAG